AUCAUAUUUGAGCCUCAAUAUGGUCCCGCAUGCCUUCAUUUCCCCGGUCGCAGGCAACAUUAAUAUUUCUAUAUUUACUGGAAUGAUGUUCGGCCCACCGUUCUUCCCAGACCCAAAGACCGCAGCUGCGGGAUGAGUUCCCAGUUUCCGUUGUCUCAAAUGAUUACGUCAGGGGCCGUUCGCAACCUCACCCCAAGGCUUCAACUCUUCAACACCCUACCUUAUGCAUAUCUUUUAGUGUUUCUGUGGAGGCAGACGCAUUUUGGUUCUUCGAUGGCGACCCGCGCACAGAAGCGCGUCAACCUCGCGGUUUCCAAAAUCGUUCCACCCGUGUUGGUCGGGUUUAUGAUUUAUGCCUCUUACGGGGUCACGAAACCAUUAUGCAUUGACUAUCUUAUCCACCCUUUACCUUCCUAUAAUCGAAGACCUCGGGUCGGCGCUGGCGCCGCAAUUAUCGUCAUCUACUACCUCCUCUUAAUACCCAUGCUCGGGACUUACUUCCGACUUCUUUACAGCGUUGUACGGAACCCAGGCUAUCUUCCUCUCGGCGCCGAACGUCUGCAGGCGGAUGCGGCUGAAAAAGGCUCGAAGCCUUCGAUCAAAAGACGCGGUUGGUGGAGCUCAAAGUCUCAAGAGACAGAAAAGGUGGACACGGCUUUGGACUUGGAGCACGGAGGAAACAAGUAUCCUGGUGGUCAAGGAUUACAGGGAGAUGAACUCAGUCUAGAGAGCUUCUAUACGAAAGACGUCUUUGUGUGUCAGGACGAUGGGCGGCCUCAAUAUUGCUCCACGUGCUGCCAAUUCAAGACUGACCGAGCGCAUCAUUGCCGAGAAAUCAAUCGCUGUGUGGCAAAGAUGGACCACUUCUGUCCUUGGGUCGGUGGUGUGGUAUCGGAGACAACCUUCAAGUUCUUUAUUCAGUUUGUGGGCUAUACGGCAAUUUUCUGUAUAUUUGUUCUCAUUGUAACUGCAUACUUCACAGCAGAAGUACGUCGCAAUACUGGAUCCGUCAACCCGCAUUGGUGUGUUUGUCUUGGACUUGGCGCAUUCUUCGGCUUCUUUACCGGCGUCAUGACCCUCAGUUCUAUCCAAAUGGCCAUGGUGAACGUCACCACAAUCGAAAACCUGAGCCGUCGAUCCCGCGUCUGGACCCUCGCAAUCCGAGUCCCCGAGCAUCUACUUGAACGACUCUGGGUCAACGAAUCCGCAUGGGCUCCUACAUUCCGCAUGGUUUCAUACCCGCCGGAAGGAAGCAUAUCACCAUCACAACCCCGACCCACCGAUUCCUCCACAACAGAACGCCACGUCUUCGCCAUCCUGCACACCAGCCCAGGGGAGAAUCCCUUCGAUCUCGGCAUUUGGAAAAACCUGCAACAGGUCAUGGGCUACAGUCUCACUGACUGGCUACUUCCUCUGAAACCGAGUCCUUGUACCGACCACACCAGCCAAGAAAGCGCCUUUGCUCUUGGCCCUGUAGUAACUCGACUCAAGCAGGAAGCGGGCUUAGUAGCGCCGCCAUAG